ACCAAAAUGGCUGAGGCUCACUUCCUUGUCCUAACCUUCCCAUCCCAAGGCCACAUCAACCCCGCCCUCCAAUUCGCCAAGGGCCUCGUCCGUACAGGCGCCCACGUCACCUUCGCCACCAGCGUCUACGCCCACAGGCGCUUGCUAAAAUCCACUCCUCUGGACGGGCUAUCCUACGCCUCCUUCUCCGACGGAUACGAUGACGGCCUCAAUCCCACUGACGACCUCUCCGACUGCAUAGAGCGGUUUAAGGAGGUCGGCUCGCGUGCCGUCCCCGACCUCAUCCGCGCCCUCGCUAACGAUGGCCGCCCCAUCACGUGCGUGGUCUACACCCUCCUCCCAUGGGCUGCUGACGUGGCUCGUAUCAUGGGCAUACCGUCCGUACUCCUCUGGAUACAGCCCGCAGCGCUCUUGUCCCUUUACUACCAUUACUUCCAUGGAUACGAUAAUCUCAUAAAGAGCAUCAGCAGCAGCAAAGACCCUUCUUCUUCAAUAGAAAUACCAGGCUUGCCACUCCUCACCAUAAAAGAGCUGCCUUCCUUUCUCCUCCCUCCCUACAACCACCCUUUCAUCCUUUCUACAUUUGAAGAACUCCUCCGAGUCUUGGAGAAGGAAUCCAACCCCAGAGUGUUUGUGAACACGUUCGACGAGUUGGAAGGGGACGUGAUGAGAGCCGUCGACGAGCUGGAGAUGAUCGGGGUGGGGCCAUUGAUCCCAUCAGCUUUCUUGGAUUCGAGGGAGACGUCGGAUACUUCCUUCGGCGGCGACCUGUUCGAGAAAUCAAGGGGUUACGUCGAAUGGUUGGAUUCGAAAUCGCCUUCUUCAGUAGUCUACGUGUCCUUCGGUAGCAUUUCGGUGCUACUAGAGCAUCAGAUGGCUGAGAUUUUGAAUGGGUUGUUGGAAACCAACCGUCCCUUCUUGUGGGUCAUCAGGGCGGCGGAGAAUGGGGUUGAAACCGAUACUGAUAUCGAGUUCUGGAAGAAGGUGAGAGCGGCGGAGGAAAGGAAACUAGGGUUGGUAGUGUCAUGGUGUUCCCAGGUCGAGGUUCUGUCGCACCCUUCAGUCGGGUGCUUCGUGUCGCAUUGCGGAUGGAACUCGACGUUGGAGAGUUUGUCUGUGGGCGUUCCAAUAGUGGGUUUUCCACAAUGGACGGACCAGCCGACGAACAUGAAAAUGGUGGAGAGUGUUUGGAAGUCGGGCGUGUGGGCCAGGGUUAAUGGAGAUGGGGUUUUGGAAGGUGGAGAGCUGAAGAGGUAUUUGGAUAUGGUGAUGGGAGGAGAGGAAGGAGAAGAGAUGAGGAAGAAUGCUGUGAGGUGGAGGGAUUUGGCGAGGGACGCUGCUGCUAAAGGUGGCUCUUCAUAUAGGAAUAUUCAAGCAUUUGUGGAGGAAGUUGCAGAUAUCCGAUGAUA